GCUACCUCUGUUCCACACCAAUCUAUCGAUCUCCUGGUGGCUGUGGCUAAGGCAUAUAGAAUUAUAGACCAUGUCUGCCAAAGAGAACCUUAGACGACGAGCACAAUUGCCCACUAGACCAGCAGCGAUCGAUGGACGACGUGUGGUCGUGGAUCUCCUCUCUCCCUGAUCCUUCUCAAUGGCCUUCGACUCUCCCCUCGCUCACCCUCGCCUCGUCCGCCGACGGCAGGUCUAUCUGCCUCUCUGCCGACCGCACCGCCGGCUCCGACUCCGAGGCGCUUCUCACUUUCUCCCUCACCCUCCACGGCUUCCACCCCAUCGGCCUCUCCCGCACCCUCUGGCUUUCCGACCCUGUCACUCCCUCCUCCCCUCACAUCUCUCUCCUACUCCAGCUCCUCGCCGAGUCCAUCUCCACGUCGACGUCGUCGUUCCCGCUCCCCGCGGCGAAACUCGAGGAGGAACUCGUCUCCCUUGGCGGCGAAGAGGACGACGAGCAGGCUGCGUCUUUCCUCUGCCUCGUUCUGCUCAUCCGCCUCUUCUGGCUCUGCGCCACCGAGGCCCCUGCUGACGCCGGCUUCCUCUUCUUCCGCUCGCUCGACGGCCCCCUGGAGCGGACCCUCUCCGGAAUCCGCCUCGCCCUGGGCAGAGUCCUCCUCGCGCUCGGGCCAGAUGCCGAGGGUCGGCUCAUGCGCUCGCUCGGCUACAUGCUGUGCAAGUGGUGCAUCCUCCGCGAGCUGCAGGGCGGCGGCGGCCCAGCCGGGUGCUGCCCUUCGUACGCGGCCGAGAGGCACGGGCUAUGGGUGUUGAAGGGGUUCGCGCCGGUGCCGGCCAUGGCCCGGUACGGGACAUCCGCGUCCACCGGCGGCCAGAGCCUGGAGGCGAAGGACUCGGUGCUGCGCUACGCGCUGGCUCACCAGCAGCUGGAAGCGGUGGUCCAGUUGGAGUACACGGUGUGUCUGCGGGACCCGCGGUUCAUCCGAGUGAGCGUCCGGGUCGACAACGUGCGCCUCCACGUGGUCCGGCUCCGGUUCGGGCGGCGCAAGGAUGAGGUGGGGAAAGAGGAGCAGGAGGUGGAUGCGGAGCUGCACUUCCCGUCGCGGGCUCGGGUGUGGGUGGGGCCGGAGCUGGGGGCGAGCUACGCGACGGGGCCCAGCCUGGGGCGGUCGAGCGGGAACCCAGAGCGGGAGCUGGAGGCUGCCCGGACGCUGAAGGGGCGGUUCGGGGGAGGGAAGGCGGCGGGGGUAAAGGCCACGGCGCGGACGGCCACAAGGGCGCGGGGGCGAAGCUGGCGGUGGGAACAGGAGGCGGAGGGCGGGGUGGGAGUGUUCGAGGGAGUCCUGUGCGACGGGGCGACGGGGGCUGAGGUGGCGGAGUGGAGACCGGGGGGCGGGGGAGUGGAUCCGAGGGGAGGGAUGCGGAGGAGGUACAGCGGAUGGGGGAGGGCGUUCAGCAAGGGGGGAGGAGUGGUGGUUGCUGGCGAUGAAUUGGCGGAGGCGGUCGAGUGGAGGGUGGGGCGGGAGAUGGAGGGGCGCGUGGCACGGUGGCGGGUGGGAGGAAGAGUGUGGGUGAGCUACUUCGCAAACGAGAUGAAGACCGGCUACUACGACACCAGGAGCGUGGAAUGGAGGGAGGAGGUGGAAUUGGCCUUCGUCGCCGCCUGAGUUGCAAUUACCAGUCUCCCUGCAUGAUACAAUCAAGAUUUGUCCCUUCUUUUGCUGAAAAUAAAUGGUUAAGUGGCUGGUAAAUGUUAUCCCACCUAAAAAUUUUAAGAAAAUUUUAUCUUAAAUUAUAUUUGAUAUGAUGUAUAAAGGUGGGGCUCAAUAAAAUCAUAUAAUCAUUAGUCAA